AUGACGACUAGUGGUUCGGUCAAGUUGGUCGAAAAAUCCAAAAAUGAGCUCUGCAAAACUGCGCUGGCUUCUUCAUCGUGCCUGGGGUGGCAACAUCGUCUUGAGGAGCGACUGAGAACCUGGACCGGCACCGUCAAGUUGGAUUUGAAGGGGUUCGAUUUCAACCUACCACAAGAUAACCGUUGCUGGAGUGGAAGAGGGAUCCAAAUGUGUGAGCACCUAGCCUGUUUGGGCACCUUGCUGAGUUCCGGAACUAUUCGACCUGGUCAAUUUGACCAAACAGAAAUAGAUGCGAUCGGACAAUUCAGUCUUAAUGAGGCACUGGAAUCAAGAAAGGCCCACACAAGCAACUUCUUCUCAAAGAUAAUUAUGCAAAACGUGGCCGCUACGCGUUUUGGACAGCCGAAAAACGAAGGUAUCGCGAAGAACAACAUGGCCUAUGAUUGCUCGACUCGAGCAGCUGAUUCACCAACGCCGAUCCUGACCGUUUCGACAGGUUCUACAUCGUUCGUACGCUGA